AUGAACAAAGAGAGCUCGGCUAGCGACAAGAAAUUAAGGUUGUGUUCCAUCUCUGUCUUUCCCACACAUCGCUUACGGCCGCGACAGAGAUGCAAUGUGCAUUUGCGGCCAUCAUAACCAUCUUGUGCAACUGAACUGUCUCUUCUCGGCCGUGUUCUAGUGCUAACGCAGGAUGGACGCCAUUCAACCGAGAUAAAUCUUUUUGGUGCGCGAGAAGUGAGAGUCCGUGCGUGAAAUUCGGUGCCGGGUGUGGAGCUAUGCUAUAGCGUUUGUGUGUUGCGAGGGUGCGAACGGUCGAGGAGGUCGCUGGGCAGUGGCGGCGGUGUGGACGUGCGUCUGUGAGGGUCUCGUGUCGGGGCGCGUGGAGCGCGAUGGAGGCCGCGAGCUGAGCGGCGAGGGCGCGGGUCGCGGAGGCUGGAGGGUCGCCCGCCCCCGAAGGCCGGCCAUGAGCGGGGUACGCUCGUGGAGGUUAUUUUAUGGGUAUUUGUGUGAGCUGCCGGCGGCGCGAGCGAAAAGCGCCAGAGAAGCGGUCGGCAGGCGGGGGGCUCGCGGCUAGGGGCGCCGAGCUGCUGCCGCGCCGCGCCGCAGUGCUGGCGGCCAUGGCCAACUCCAUCUCCAACAUCAAGAUGACCAACCCCAUCAAGGGCUUCGUCAGCAAGCGCCGCAGACGCUACAUCCAAGACGGAUUCAACCUGGACUUAGCCUACAUAACAGACAGGCUGAUAGCGAUGGGCUUCCCGGCGGAGAAGCUGGAGGGGGUGUACCGCAACCACAUCGACGAGGUGUACCGCUUCUUGGAGCUGAAGCACCGCGACCACUACAAGAUAUACAACCUGUGCUCCGAGCGCAGCUACGAUUCGAGCAAGUUCCACGAGCGGGUGGAACGGUACGCGUUCGAGGACCACAGCCCGCCGAAGAUCGAGCUGAUCCAGCCGUUCUGCGAGGACGUGCACCGGUGGCUGUCGGCGCACCCGGGCAACGUCGCCGCCGUGCACUGCAAGGCGGGCAAGGGACGCACCGGUACAAUGGUGUGUUGCUAUCUGCUGUACAGCGGACAGAAGGCCACGGCCGACGAAGCCCUCAAUUUCUACGGGACGAAAAGGGCUCACGACAAAAAAGGCGUAACCAUCCCGUCGCAACGUCGCUACGUAGAAUACUACGCGGCUUUACUCCGAGGGGGCCUGUCCUACCGGCCGUGCGCCCUUCACAUCAGAGAGCUGGUGCUGAGCCCCGCGCCCGCGCUCAACGGACAGGCGGCGCUCGAGCUGGCCGUGGUGCAGCAUAACCCGCCGCUCAAGGCGCCAUCAGGCUGUCACGAGGUGCGCAAACACGACAACGUGAUCCGCAUGCCGCUCAACCACUGCACCCCUGUCUCCGGAGACGUGAGGGUCGAGGUGUACAACAAGCCGAUGAUGAGGAUGAGGAAGGAGAAGCUCUUCCACUUCUGGUUCAACACCUUCUUCGUGGCGAACCAGGUCGGCGCGGUCGCCGUGCCGCCGCCUCUAGACAGUUUAAAUUUAGAAACGUUCAAGUUAACGUUAAAUAAGUGGCAGCUGGACGACGCGCACAAGGACAAGACACACAAACUCUAUCACCAAGAUUUCAAGGUGGAGUUGAUCCUGCAGAAGCAGCCGGACAGCUCCAAGUUCAGCGCGCGCCCCGCGGCCCCCCCGCGCGCCGCCGCCUCCCCGCCCUCGUCCUCCGACUCCUCGGGCAGCGACCGCGACGACGACGACGAACACUGGGACUCGGGUGAGCGCCCCUACUACUGCCUCCUCGACCCAGCACCCUCGGAGACUGACCUGGCUGAAGACAACAAGAUACCCAAAGUGUCCUCCGACCACACCAUCUCGGAAAGGGUGUAUGAGGAGGCUCAAACGCCCACGGAACACAAAAAGUUUGCCUUCAAAAAGGAGAACAGCGAGGAGGAUAAGGAUUUAGAUAGGAAAGCCGACUUCAUGGGGAAUUUCAGUAAACCGAGGCUCUCGUUGGGGGAAAUGAGGGCCUCGUGGAGAGAGUUCAGCGGUAAGCACUUUGGUACGGAGCAGAAGCAGAAGAAGAAGAACGGACAGGACAGCAAGGAUGAGCCGUCGGGUUGACCCCGGGCUGGCCAGAACUGUGCCGAGCCCGGAUGUGUUGAAGCCACUGGCUGAUUCUUGGUUGAGGGUACCUCGCUUUUAAUGCAACGGUGUAUCACAGUGUGGAUAUUAACACUGUUGGAAUAAGUUCAAUCAAUAAAGGAUAAGCCAGUCGAACAGUAAAUAAGUUCAUGAAAUCAGUUCGGUGCCUAAGGGUUAUAACGAGAUGGACGUUAAAAAAGUGCGUUUUACGUGGCAGUGAAUGUGUAUAUAGUUUACUCGAGGACAUUGCAACGCGCUAGAAAACGACCCUUAGUGAUAGACGAGAUAUGGGUGCCGUAUGGUGAAGAAAAAAACACCAUUUGAUAUGGUAUUUUUUUAUACUGUAACAAUCAGUCUAUAGUAUUUAUUUAUAGAUUUCUAUAAAAGAAAUAGGUGAUGCGAAGUAUUGUGCCCUUGGAGGUUGAUUUGAAUUUUCCGCAAGGACACAAAAUUUCGUAUAUUUUUAAAUGCCGUAUUCAUAAAAAUCAUUGUCGUAGAUUUUUAUUAAUGUUACAUUUUCAUCCUUAUAAUCUUUAUUGUAACUGACUGUACGUUGUCGUUUAUUUCUGUCUCGCACAUGAGGUUAAAGUGCGACGGAAUGAGAUGACAAUACUUGAAGUGCCAGUUGUGUAUGACUUAUGGAUGCGGUAUAGUUUUAGUCAUAGUUAGGGCCUGUUUCACAGUGUCUGGAUAUUGGUUAUGUGUCGGAUAAAAGAGAUAACUGUCACUCUCUGUAAUUAUGUUUUAGACAGUGACAUCAAUAUUUUAACAACACGUAUAACUUUAAUGCAGUCAUGAUGAAACAGACACUGAGUUUUGUAAUUUAAUGGAAACGUGCGAAUUAUCCGUUACAACUUGAAUGCUAAGUUUUUUUUAUAAUAGCGAAAAUUAUUUGAGGCAGUGAAAGUAUCUAAAACGUUUUAUUACACGUCGGUGCCAAAAUAUAACAUACUGUCUAGUUUUUACUUAAAAGUCACACACAUAACCGUGUGUAUCGAGCUGCGUGAAAUAAUUUUCGUUCUAUUAUGAACUCGAUGCAUACGUGCGAAAAACUCGUUAUUAGUUCGUAUAAUAAUUAUCAUUCACUGGCCUACUACAUGUUUUACAAAAUCUUAUUUACACAAGGUUUCAACCGCAUACGUCCGGACAACCUUAUAUCAAGUGUGUUUUAGGCCGCACUUACAAUAUAAUUAAUGUUAUUUUGUUCUAACAAAGUGGGGGUUGCGUUAAAAAUUAUCAAAUCAAAUGAUCUCUUGAACAUUUUGUGAUUAAAACUAACUUUGGAAGAUUCGUUGACUUUGCUCAAGUGAGUAAAUCCAUUGAAGUAGACUUUGCAAGCAAAUUGCGCCAAUUCUGGACAGCGAUACCGUUCUAACAGUCUAAUUGAUGGGUGAGGGAUUAACACGCACACUUACAGUACAGAUCUUUACACGAAAAUUCAUCCAACACUGACUUCAAUUAAUUAUUAUCCAAUUUACGUCUGAACUAAAUUCCUAGUCCACCUAUCUGGUAACAUAAAUCUUAGACUAUGACCCGUAUAACUGGGGACACAAGGCUCAAAUUGUAAUGUGAACGCAGGCGCAUCGCCGGUCGCCCGCUACCGUCAACUAACGCCCGAACCGGAGCUCGACAACGCCUGACGUGAGUCCACGUAUCUGUGAGCGGCGCCACUAACCGCUAACUCGCCGCGACCAGUAGUCACCCUUCUGUGUUAAAUGUGUAGACGUAAAUAUUACUAGCAGACUGUGCCGGGUUGUACAGAAUUGGUUCAAGAACGUUUCCUCUUUGGUUUAAAGUUUAAAAGUAAAAAAACUAAAUGUGAUAUGAAGUGUCGAGUGAAGGUUGGACUGUAACUAAUUGACUUGCGGUACCUAGUGACGGCUAUGCAAGAUUGAAUGUGCGAUUCGGAGGCAUCUACCGGUUGAGGUGCAGAACGAUUUCUUAAUUGUAAAGUAGUGUCUAUGUGUGUAGCCUCUAAAGCUAUGGUCACACUACAAAUGUUUGUGAUGUUAGAAUAAGUCGUCAUUCCAUCUUCUUGUAUUUUUUAAUCGGGGCAUAGAAUGACGCUAUCUAUAUUGUCGAAAUCGCCAACAGAACUUGUCAUCUGCUAUAUUAAUGCUGUGUUGCGUCACACUGGCAACAUUGUGUUUCUAGUGCUAAAUGAAUGGAUGCUUUAAUCUACGUACCGGUCGCAAGUAAUUACUGUGUGAAAUUGGAAAUUCUUUGCCAAAAUUAUUAUUUUGAUAAUAAGUAUGGCGGUUAGAGUGAAAACUGUAUUAUUGCCAGAUUGAAACGCUACGCUGGCAACACCAGUCAACGCCAUCUCUAUUGCCGAGUUCGUUUAGUUAAUCUAUUUUAAUUUUUAUUGCUAAAAGAAAUAUUUGCCGGUUGGAGAGGCAGUAUUCCCACCAGCUAAAUAUAAUUUGACUUUGUCCGUUCGGUCGGACGGUAAAAUUUGUAUACUUUUCGAAAGAUCUCAGUAAAGAAACAACUGCCGAGAGAAAAAAUAAGGAAAAUUACUUUGUGAAAGUGCAAGAUUAUGCGGCAUUUUGUAUCUUUCCGUUUCGCCCAUCGUUGUGUUACCAUCUCGCUCACUCAGUGCCAUCCCGGAGGUACUAUCGGGGAAUCGGCCGGGGGCCUACCUUAAAGAUUAGAACCUUAGAUUAGCCUGUCCGUGUGUUCACUACAAACAACUACGCUCGCACGACAAGUUGCGCACGGGAAAAUGUUCUUUAUUGAUUCCGCCGGUGGUACCUCGCUAUGUGAGUACAUUCGAUGGCGAGACCUGUCGUGUGAAAGCCCCGUACGCAUGGAAUGGGUACAAAACGACACAGAACAAAACUGUUGCUAUUUGUUAAAGAAUAAUCGCUCUUGCUUCCAUUGUAAUACAGCUGAAUAUACCGGAAUUAGUUUCACUAUGUGAUUAACUUACAAUGUUAUACAAGGAUUACAUCGACCUAGAAUCAGUUUGUGUUAAAGGUGCUUGCGUUGUGAUACAAAGAAUAUUUAACUAAUCAUAAAUCGAUUCUUUGGCCGAUUUCUCCCGACAGUCUUUUAUUCGUGGUAACUAGAUUCGGUAUAACAGUUGACUACGCUCAACGCUGGAUCAAUUUGUUGCUAUUCCAACAUUUGGUAUAGUUUCAACCAACAUUGGUUCAAUGUUUGAUAGAACAGAGUAUAGGAGCUGACUGUAAAUGAAUUUGAAGUGUUAAAGUACAGGCCAAAGCGCUCCUAAUACUGUGCAACUUAUUGUUUUGAAAACCAUUAUUGUCAAUCAACAUAUUUUUUUUAAAUAAUUGAUCUAGAUAUGGUAUUUUUGUUUAAACUUCCCAAUUUAUGUCUUCAGUACAAACAUUUUCUCUCUCAGGUGACAAACCUAUUGGAGAUUCUGUUCCUUCUCAUCAUUUGGUUUGCCAGUAAAAGAAAGAUUUAUCUAUGAAAUUCAUCCAGUUAUUGAAACAUAACCCAUAUUGUUGUAGUCAUUUAAGCGUUUUUAUAAAUUUGUUGCACUUUAUUAUGUGAACAUCCAAUCAGAUUAUGAUUCAAGAUGGCCGCUAACGCCUGUGCUCCCGAUUGGUUUCGGCGUAUUUUCUUUUUUAUUGUAAAUAUUAUUGAUAUAACUAGUGUUAAUUGAGAUCUGUUUUCUGUAACUAGAUAAGUAGAUUGUGUAAUUUCUAAAGACGAGCCUACAGCGGUACGGGUUCUCCUUGAUAACCUUUUUAAGCUAAGAACUGUGUGUGGAAGCUAGCGAGAUCACUCAAUGUGUCAGCUAAGUGCCCACGAAGUUUUUAGCCAAAAAGUACGUCUUGGGGCCCCGUCGUCAACAGAAUUUUAUUGUUGUGACAAAUACAAGCGAAAUUGUGCUUGAUUAUAAAUACCUACCUACUGCUAUUUUAUUGGCCGGUCCAUGUUGAAACUUAGCUGAUGAAAGGAAAUAAAUGUAAAUUCUGUAAUAUAAAUGAUGUUCUCAUAUUUCACACUUCAACUUUGUAUUUCAUUCAUCUUUACUUUGGAUGGAACCUUGUCUCACUAGCCCACCCAAAAACAGAUAGUGAACAGUUUUCCUCAAGAAAUAUACAUUUUUGUACCCUCUGUUGGUUUCAAAUGGUGCCUAUGAGUAUGUAUAAGUUUAAUUUAACAAUGGUAGCGAUUCUGAGGACACCAAUUUUAAAUUAAGCACUACCAGACCGUAAACUUCUUAGUUCGAAAACCGACUUAACGAUAAGCUACGUAAAUCUAAUUUUACAUGUUCUACACUCAAGUUUUGGCAGUGCUAAAAUUAAGAAAUGUCUUCAGAAUCGGCGCCAUUAUCGUGUCAAGCAGCAAUCAGCCCACGGUCACUACCAGCAUAAUUGUAUUAUAAAAAUUGGUUCAUUUAAUUAGGCUUUUAAAAACUAGGUUUUUCAAAUUUCGUUAGUUAUGGGACUCAGCGUCCAAGUCAGAACUUCUUCCAAUAUGAAUUGUUGUGUCAUCGAAUGAAUUUGUAACAAUAUUUUUCAUUAGCUCGUAAUUCGUUUUAUGUAUUUGCUUCAAAUUAAAUCGUUUAAAAUUUAGUUGUUAUUUGGCAAUUCUUUUGUUUUUUUUUCAAUCGCUACUCAUUACUGAAGUAUAUUUCCAAUGGAAUAUUUUGAUUGUAAAUAAUUUGAUGAAUAUUGAUAAAUUCCAAAUUAUUAUUUUUAUAUUUUGCUAAAUUGGGAUAUACUAUUUGACAAACACGCCUUUUUUGAGUGUCUUCGCGAGUUUAAUAUGAUAACUUUCAGAUAACAUGUUAUUUUAAACUUGUGAAGAUUUAUGUUAAUGCUCGAUGUGCAAACCUGCGAGGUAGAACUAAAAUGAAAAAUGAAUUUAUACAAUUUGAAAAUUCAAUCAGAUUUAAUUUUACAACAAAAGUUGUCAUUUUGCUUCUACCUCAGGGCAGCACAUAAAAUAAAUGUUGGCUGCAAAUUACAAUCGAUUUGGCGUCCGGAGUUAAUAUCGUCAAGUACAAAUUUAGAUUUUACUUACUAAAAUAGUGAAUUCGUCACUUAUUGGUCGAAUUAUAGUCUUAUGUUAAGCUUUCUAUUUAUCUAGACUUUUGUUAUCGCCUUUACCGAUGUUUCGUGCGGUUGUGCAGUGACAAAUGGUCCUGCUUUACAAUAGUAAACAAAAACUACUAACGAACGGUCCUCUAACAGUGUACGGAACAUGUCUAAGCGACUUAUUUCAGGCGCCAUAUUACCUAAUUUGUGCAUUCACCCUGGGCGCUUCACACAUUUAUCAAAGACGUCCCUUUAACGAAUCUUCUUAACACUCUCCAAAGCACUACAGACCUAAUUUAGUAUUAAUCCCUCAUUCCAAACUCUGCUCCCGUCCCGAUCGCUGUUGCUUUCACCCUAAAAUUAGUUCUAAACAAACGCGCAUAAAUGCGGAACUAGCUUGGCCACCCCCGCGCCCCCAUCGUCAAAAGAUUUAGCUUUAAAGAUUGUUGUUUGCCUUAAAUAAAAUGUGAUCUUAUGACGAUUAUACUUAAAGGAUGUCGUUGUAGGUUGCCAUCGCAGAGCUUUGUCUCGCUCUCUCACUCACACCAGUGAGAGCGAGCGAGAUAGCACGUUCACUUGUUGUCUCGCUCCCACAACGGCUUGGGGAUAUCUCUCUGCGAUAGCAACAGGUAUGAAGUAAUAUGCCUUGUAUAAUGAUAAAACAAAUGAAUUAAUAUAAUAAGACUUGACAAUGUGCGAUGUUUCGAUAGAGCUCAGUAAAGAAUGCUGUCAAUUUGGUAACAGAGUAGGGCGGUGGAAGGCCCUAUUGCUCAGGACACAAGGGCCAUUAUUCAGUGGCAGUCCCGGGUCGAUAAGGCCCUCCUAGCCCGACAAGUGCUUAGUUCCACAUGAAUAAAAUAAAAAAUGUAAAUUUUCUUAACUUAGUAAGUAAAAGAUCUCAUAUUUUUGUUUUGUCUUUUUUUAUAUUUUGAGGAACUUCGGAAUAGUCGAGUUGAUUUAAAGACAACCUAUGUAAAAUAAAAUAUAAUUGAUGUAUAUA